AUGACGGUAAAUGUUGAGGUAUUAGACGGUGACACUAGCCCACCCGCGGCUGUAUCAUUCUUUGAUCCAUCUCUCAAGGAGGUUCGACGGCGGGUAUUCUACCAAUGGGCUCGCACUUUGUUAAUUUUGUGCGUUUUCGCGUUCGGUGUGCUAUCUCUCUUCUGGGGAGUCCAAUACAACACCGAGGCCAAGCUCCCAGCGUUGAAGGUAUGGAUUGUCGAUUUCGACGGCAAAGUUGAUCCAUAUCGCUCUAACGAAACCAUCGUUGGUCCAACGGUUACGGAUGCCAGCAACAGAAUAGUGCAGUCCGACGGCCUUCACCUCGGCUACACUAUCAAGUCCCCCGCCGACUUCAACUAUGACCCUUCGGCCGUGCGCCAGGCCAUUUACCAUGAACAUGCCUAUGCGGCUGUGAUAAUCAAGGCCAACGCAACAACUCUGCUUCGAGAUGCAGUCACCAAUGGCAAUACAUCCUACGAUCCGACCGGUGCCAUUGAGAUAGUACUCAUCUCUGCGCGUGAUGAAACAACCUACUACAACUAUAUCCUACCCAACCUGGCCAUCCUACAGGGCAUGGUGCUAGCAGAGUUCGGUCCACAAUGGGUUCGGUCUCUCACCUCAUCUGCCAGAAACCUGUCAUCUGUGCCCCCGCAGGUGAUCAACCCAGGCAUUGGGUUCACAACCGUCGACCUACGUCCUUUUGCCCCGGCUGUCGCUGCACCUGCCAUGACCAUCGGAUUGAUCUAUCUAAUCAUCAUUGCGUUCUUCAACUUCCCAUUCAUGAUGCCUAUUCAUGCCCAGUUCAUGAAACCAGAUGGCCAUCCACCGCUGAAGGUGCCACAUUGGCUCAUUUGGCGCAUUCUCUCGAGCAUCAUGGCUUACUUCGUCCUUUCGUUAUGCUACUCACUCGUAUCUUUGGCUUUCAAGAUACCAUUCAGCAAUGACUCUGCGUCGGAGGUUUUAUCCGCAAACAACGCCAAUGCCUAUGGUCGUGGCUCAUUUGUCGUGUUUUGGAUGUUGAACUGGGUUGGCAUGGCUGCGUUGGGAUUCCCCUGUGAGAACAUGGCAAUGGUCCUUGGCUUCCCAUGGAGUGCUUUAUUCCUUAUCUUUUGGGUUAUCACCAAUGUUGCCACAGGGCUCUAUGCUACUGAUCUGGCUCCGAAGUUCUAUAGAUGGGGGUAUGCAUGGCCGUUACAUCGAAUUGUCGAUGCUCUACGAACCAUAAUGUUUGAUAUCCAUUCCCGCAUUGGAUUGAACUUUGCUAUUCUCUUCAUUUGGAUUGCAAUAUCCUUGGCGUUUUAUCCUUUCGCGGCCUUCAUCAUGCGGUGGAAGAUGCAGCGGGGGAUGUAA